UUUUACUAAUAUUUUGUACAAUAAAUGAAGUAAUUUUAUUCCCAUGAUUCAUUUAUGAUUGAAUAAUUUUAAGAAUUUAACUAUUAAGUACUUCCUUAAUCUAUAAAUUUCCCAAGAACAAGGAAGGUGGAAAUUCUGCAUUCAAAAAUACUAAUGAGAUACUUGGGCGAUCUUUCUUCUUCUCCUUCACUUUAAGCAGAAGAGAUUCACAUAUAUUGCACUUGUGCUUCCUAGUGAACUAAGAAUUACUUGGCAGUUUUUCUUCUUCCUCUUUUCAGUGAAUAUCUGUUGUGGACUUUUAAUGUCACACAACAAGCUAUGAUGCCUGGAAAAACAGAUAAAGAUAUGCAUAAAGCAGUUGCGAGCUCAUCACAAGUAAAAAAUGUGUUGAGAAGAUUAGAAAAAAAGAGAUCUAGGCUGAAAUCAAAAUCUCAUGGAAGGUCUACUCAUGCAUCUUCGUCAAGGAGAACAGUUGCCAGUGAUGGUAAGGGAAAGUGCUGUUCUGGAGAAAACAUACUUAAGAAAGAAAUUCCGAAAAAAGCUAAAUCAUCAAAGAAGCAGUCCGUAUUGAGCUGUGAAGGAGAGAAGCUUCAAGCAUGCAACUCAAAGGACAACUUAAAACAUGAUAACCUGGAUACUGGGUCUGAAAAGUUAAAGAGAAGAAGAAAAAGGAGGAGAAGAAAACAUAACGCAGAUCCAGAUGAUGUUUCACGUUUACAAAGGAGGACGAGAUACCUCUUGAUCAAGAUGAAGCUAGAGCAGAACCUUAUUGAUGCUUAUUCUGCAGAAGGCUGGAAAGGUCAGAGUCGAGAAAAAAUUAGGCCAGAAAGAGAACUACAAAGAGCAAAGAAGCAAAUAUUAAACUGCAAGCUUGGAAUAAGGGAGAUAGUUCACCAUCUGGAUUUGCUUAGCUCUGCUGGGCAGAUCGAUGAUUCUGCUAUUGCUCCAGACGGAUCUGUCCAUCAUGAACAUAUUAUCUGUGCCAAAUGCAAAUUGCAAGAAGCUUUUCCUGACAAUGAUAUCAUACUUUGUGAUGGUACAUGCAACUGCGCCUUCCAUCAAGAAUGUCUUGAUCCUCCACUAUCAACAGAAAAUAUACCGCCAGAUGAUGAAGGCUGGUUUUGCAAAUUUUGCAAGUGUAAGAUGGAAAUAAUAGAAGCAACAAAUGCUCAUAUUGGCACCCACUUUGCUAUGGAUAGUAACUGGGAGAAUAUCUUCAAGGAAGAGGCUCUUCUGCCCGAAGGUGAGGAGUCCUUGUUAUGCCCCGAACAAGACUGGCCAUCUGAUGACUCCGAAGAUGAUGACUAUGAUCCCGAAAAAGUUACUAAUAGUCACAGUAGUACUGAUAGCUUUGAGAGUGGUUCUUCCAGUGAAGCAAGCAGUGGAAGCAUGUUAGGAUCACUUGAGGAUGAAUUGUUAGCUUUAACAGGAAAGCUAGAAGAUGGCAGCGGUGGAAAAGAUUAUUUGUCUGAACAGAUUGCUGGGUCAGAUUAUGAGGAGACAACUGACUGCGAAGUUCUAUCUGGUCCCAGACAGAGAAAAGCUGUUGACUAUAUUAAGUUAAAUGAUGAAAUGUUUGGAAAGCAUGCUCCCGCGAUCGAGCAAAAUAGUGAAGACGAAGAUUGGGGUCCAGGUAAAAGAAAGCGUAGACGGAAGGAGCCUGAAUCAGAUGCUGCAAGCACCCUUAUAACCCUUUUUGAAAGCGAGAGAAGUUGUCCAGAAAAAACAGUGGAUGAAGUGGAAAAAGAGUCUUUGGGUAGACCAGCCAAGAGAGAAAUAUUCAGGAUUCCUCCUGAUGCAGUCGAGGAACUUCGCCGUGUAUUUGCUGAGAAUGAACUUCCAUCUAGAGAAGUACGGGAGAACCUCUCCAAGCAGCUGGGUAUUGAAUUUGAGAAGGUGAACAAAUGGUUCAAGAAUGCACGGUAUACGGCCCUUAAAGCUAGAAAGCAGGUUGAGGGCACAAAACCGUGUCAAGCUACUAGUCCUACAACAUCAGUAGGAUGUACACCUGAGACUGUAAAGGGUGAACCAGCAGAUCAUAUUUCGUCAAGUGAUGCAGAAGAAAAUGCAGCCCAGACACCUAAUGAAGAAACUCCCAACUUGGUUAUCUGUCCUUCCAAGGAAAAGCAUGACAAAAAAGCAGCAAUAACAUCAACAGAUAGAGCAGAGACACUAGUAGAAUCUGGCGAUGACGUGAGCCUGAAACUACUGCGAGACAGAGCAAAAAAACAAAGGAGAAAAAUCAAUUCCAAGGAGAGGGAAAAGAUAAAAGAAGCUGAAGCUGAAGCUGAUAUGCAGGAGCUUUGUAGAAUCAAGGACAAAAUAGCAAGACUCCAGGACGUUUUACGAAGGUUUCCAAAUCGCAGAUGUAGAAGAGCGGACACUUCUAGUUUAGAUGAAUCAUUGGUUGUCUUUAUACCUGUUGCACAGUUACAGGAGAAAAGGUGACUAAUCACUUCUCCUCUUUUUUUUCUUCCUAAAAUUGUGUUGCUCCAUUUUUCACAAAUCAACAAAGACAGACAAGGAGGUUGAAUGAGGCAAAUACAGAAGCAAAAUUCUUCUUUUCCCGUUAUACAUGUAUAGUUUUCUCUCUUUUUGUAAGGACAUGCAAUGUAAAAGAUAGUAACCUUGUAGAAUAGAUCAGUUUCAGUUAUGUUAAUUGGCACAAUCUAUAAAUGUGGCUACAUGAGUAUCUUGUAGUAAUCAUAAUAUUUGAAUGUAGUGUGACCUGUGCACUCCUCAUUGGAUGCAAGUAGGUUAUUGCAUCAUA